AUGAAAAGCGCCAAGGAGAUAAGGAGCAAACGUCUGCAAGAUUUUCAGGUCUGGUGCGAAAGUUACGGGGUCUCGAAAAGCACCUUUCAAGCCCUCAACCACGAUGGGUACCGAUCUCUUGAUCAGGUUUUCAAGUUGCGGGGGAGUAAUGAUAAAGUGAUCGACGAAUUGAAAAUAACCAGCAAUGAAAAGGCCAUUCUACGGAGCGCAUUGUAUCAACAUUUCGUUGACGAGACAGUCAACCGCAUGGCGAUAACAUCAGAUGAAUCUGAGAGAACGAUGCUAGAGAGAUCCCUGGACCAACAGGACUUCCAACGAAUGAAGAACGAUCUGCAGAUGCGAAAGAUGCAGAAAAAGAGUAAAAAAUUAAAUGUCGGCUGCCCAGAUACAAGUGGCGGGAGUUCUAGCAACAAAAACGUCGACGAUCACCGAACCACCAGAGCCGUCAAAAAUUGUUGA